AUGAACAAGAGUUUGUUCUUGGCUAUUGUCGAUCGUCUCUCCCAAGAAUUUGAGUAUUUUCAACUCAAAGAGGAUGCAUCCGAAAGGUCUAGCCUAUCUCCCCUCCAAAAAUGUACUGCUGCAAUUCGACAAUUAGCGUAUGGUGGUGCCGCAGAUGCCAUUGACGAAUAUGUUCGGAUGGCUGAAACCACAGCUAGAAAAUGUUUGCACCAUUUCACUGCGGGGAUAAUCCACUUAUUUGGCGAUGAAUAUCUAAGACAUCCAACACCGGAGGAUCUUGAAAGACUACUAGCUGUGGGAGAACAACGUGGAUUUCCGGGAAUGAUCGGAAGCAUCGACUGUAUGCAUUGGGAGUGGAAGAAUUGUCCUGCCGCUUGGAAAGGAAUGUAUUCACGUGGAACCGACAAACCCACAAUCGUGUUGGAGGCGGUAGCUGGACAGGACCUCUGGAUAUGGCAUGCGUUUUUUGGAGCUCCAGGUACUAUGAAUGAUCUUAAUAUUCUUGAUCGAUCACCUGUUUUUGAGGAAAUAAUUAAUGGAAACGCUCCGGAAGUCCAUUUCCAUGUCAACGGAAGGGAGUACGAUUUGGGUUACUAUCUUGCCGAUGGUAUUUACUCGAAAUGGGCUACUUUUAUUCAAUCAAUCCGACUCCCACAAGGUCCAAAACCUUGUUUAUUUGCUAAAAGACAAGAAUUCGUGCGAAAAGAUGUUGAGCGUGUCUUUGGAGUCUUGCAAGCUAGAUUUGCGGUUGUUAGAAAUCCUUCUAAUUUAUGGGAUAAAAACAAAUUAGGAAAUAUUAUGAGAGCAUGCAUCAUACUCCAUAAUAUGAUUGUCGAGAAUGAACAAGAUUCCUACCUCCGCACAUCAGAAUUUCAACAAGGAGAAGAUGACGAUCCCAGUUUUGUAGUCAGACGGACUACAAAUAUCCGUACUACAUUGGGACGUCGAGCAGAUGUUCGGGAUACAGCAGGCCAUCUACAAUUAAAAGAAGAUUUGAUCGAACAUAUUUGGGAUAAAUACGGACAUUUACCAAAUUUACCAAAUGAUAUGUAA